AAGACAAAUAUGCAAAGACAAAAAGCUGUCCAAAACCACAUCAAGCUUUUAGAACUGUAGCUUUCAGAAAUUGUUUCCUAUGCAGACGACACUCAAGAUAGGAGCUGUUGGUAUUUAGUGAUGCUGAAGAGAUUAUAAGAGAGCAGGACAGCGAAGCACUGAAGAUACCAAGUCUGCUUAUUGUUGCUUUAUCUGGGGUAGUCCCCUUAGCCAAAUUUGGUGCUUGAUUGAGUAAGUGAAUUACAGGCCAUGCGCCUGCCUUCCCCUUUCGCUCUGCCGCUCAGCAGUCCGACUGACACAUCAGGAGAAACUGCUUCAGUCAAGAUGUUCCUGUGCUGUUGGCUGGCUCUGGUGGCCUUAAUCCCUAUGACUUUAGGCACCAAUCCUGGAGUAGAGGUCAAGCUAACAGAAAAAGGCCUGGAAUAUGGCAGACAACUGGGGAUGACUUCGAUCCUGCAGAAACUCAAGACCAUCAAAGUCCCAGAUAUUUCAGGGUCGCAGGAGGUGUCUCCCAUUGGCAAAGUCGAGUACAGCCUGUCAAAUAUGCAAAUAGUGGAUGUGGGAUUACCGAAGUCUGCGCUGGAUUUGGUGCCAGGGACUGGUGUCAGACUGUCCAUUGGUAACGCCUUCAUCCAUCUGCAGGGAAACUGGAGGGUCAAAUACAUCAAAAUAAUAAAGGACAGCGGCUCUUUUGAUUUGAAUGUCAACGAUCUCGCUAUCACCACAAGUAUCGCCAUUAAGAGCGACGAGACGGGCCGACCGGUGGUCAGUAGCGUCAGCUGUUCGGCCACUGUCGGCAGUGCAAGCAUCAGAUUCCACGGUGGAGCCAGCUGGCUGUACAAUCUCUUCAAAGACUUCAUUGAUAAGGCUUUACGAAAUGCACUGCAGAAACAGAUCUGCCCUCUGGUGGCCGAUGCAGUAUCUGAUUUGAACCCUCACUUGAAAACUCUCAAUGUUGUAGCCAAGGUGGACCAGUAUGCAGAGAUUGAAUAUUCCAUGGUGUCAUCACCCACAGUGUCAAAUUCUUCUGUAGACUUGAGCUUGAAGGGCGAAUUUUACAACAUUGGGAAGCAUCAGGAGCCUCCGUUCUCCCCCGCAGCCUUUUCCCUGCCGCCCCAGAUCAACAACAUGUUGUACAUCGGCGUGUCCGUCUUCACCACCAACUCUGCGGCCUUCGUCUACAACACAGCUGGAGCCCUCAGCCUGUACAUCACUGACGAUAUGAUCCCACAAGGCUCUCCCAUCCGACUCAACACCAGAACGUUUGGAGCCUUCAUCCCACAGAUUGCCGCGCGUUUCCCGGGUCUGAUGAUGAAACUGCUGGUGAAGACGGUGAAAAGUCCCGUCAUCACUUUUGAAGCCAACAACGUGACCGUUCAGGCGACUGGCACGGUGACGGCCUACGCUAUCCAAGCCAAUGCCACACUUUCCCCUCUCUUUGUCCUGAACUUGGAGACCAGUGUCACCGUACAACUGUUUGUCAGUGAAAUGAGGCUAGCUGGAGCUGUCACCCUAAACAAAAUGGAUCUGACCCUGGGGACAAGCUAUGUGGGAGAGUUUCAGGUCAAAUCCCUCGACAGCAUCCUCCAAAUGGUCAUCAAAGUGGUAGUGAUACCUAAAGUCAAUGUUCAACUUGCAAAAGGAUACCCACUUCCUACACUUGGAAAGAUGAAGCUUGUGAACACUCAGCUUCAGGUCCUAAAGGGCUACAUGCUGAUUGGGACGGAUGUUCAGUUCAUGGGCUGAACGGCAUUUCUGGAAACUGCCAGAAUUAAUUUCAUGCCGCCAUGAAGACACAAUCACAGCCAGAGUUCAACUACCUGAGGGUACAAAUUGAAUGAUGUACAAAUAUUACUUCUACCACGAGCCUGAGAAAUGCAGAUAUCCUGUUUGCAUUUGGAUAUAGUCUAAUGUUGUUGUUUUUUAUAAUAGUUCUGCUCUUUAUAAAAAGAGGUUUCUUUUUCUUUUAAAUGCGAACUCAGAUCAGGUUUUUUCUACAUAUUAAACGUAGAUGGGAGCAGUGAACUUUUCCCAACUGCAGUCGUGUCACAGGACAACAGGACACAGUCUGCAGGACAGGGUUUGCUGUUGUCACCACAAUCAGCUUCUCUUUUUUUUUAAAUAACAUGCUCCUUCCAAAGCAGAUCACUCACAGCCCUUUGUGCUGCUGACUUUAAGAAAAAUCGUCUCCAUUUCUGCCUAUGUAGCUCACAGAGCGAUUCUACAAAAGUGCUGAUCCGUGACAUUUAUACUGCAGUUUGGAGAGAAGUGCCACGACAUCAAUCAAGCAACAGACAAAACCAAUCAGUCGAAGUUAAAUGUAUCAAACAAACAUAUAUAUAUUAUAAUUUAGAUAAUCCAAACCAGUUUCAGCAUCUUAAGCAGUUCAACAUGUACAUACUACAUACUGAAUCCUGACUUAGUCUUGUAUAAAGUACUUGAAACCAAUACUUGAGUAAAAGUAAAAGUAUAACUUUGGUAGAAGUUAAAGU